GGGCGCCGCCGUCCCCUUCCUCCGCGGGCCGCCGGGGUCGGUCCGGGCCGUCCUCCCCACGGCCCGCGACCGGGGCCUGCUGCCGGGGCGGGCCGGGCUCCGCGCACGCGGGGCGGGGCGGACGGGACGCGCCGAGCGGGGGCCUCUGGGAGGAAGCGGGAGCCGCCUGAGGCCCGCGGGUGAAGGCCCGGGCGGCGCCGAAGCCCCGCGCGCCGCCCCCCCCCGGCUGGGCCGCUGCUUCGGGGAGGUCAAGCCCGGGACCCGGAGGAGCGAGCGGGUGCGCUGAGCGGUGGGCUUGCCGGCAGCCUCUCCCCUUGGGCUCCGAGAGCAGCGGGAACGGGGAGAGCUGUUUGGGACCCAGUUUGGAGGGCGGGGAGGAGCUCUGAGCACAGCCCCCGUACUGUUCCUGCUGUGCCCGCUGCUUGGAAAUGAUCUUUGGAAAUUGCCCUCACCGCCGCCCCGCCUGCUCGGCGAGCCCCAUCUUGAGGCAGUGGCCCUGGAUCUGACUUUCUCCCACUGAGCUAGUUUCCCCGAGCUCUCUUCUCAGCUUUCCAGGGCCUUCUCUUAAGCCUUCUCCAGCCCCUGGGACCUCGGCUCUGGCCCCGGCCGCUCCACCGGUGGGCCUUGCUGGUGGGUGGGCCCAAGCCCAUUUCCCCUGCCCUGAACGUGUCCUGCCCUUAAGGAGCCACAUCUCAGGGCAGACCAGGUACCAAAUUAGCAGCACGCUCCAUUUAAGGGGCAUCAGGGUCCCAGGAGAGGGGACCUUGGAGCAGGGUCUUAAAAAAUUGGGUAGGAUUCCGGCAGGGGAGAAAGGCCAUUUCAAGCCGAAGAAAAUGUAUGAACAGUUAGGAAAGUUGAGAGCAAGAAUUUGGUGAGCCUGGCUACUGAGGUAGGGGUUGGGGGCAAACUGAAAAAUAGCUUGUGUGGGCCAGGUGUUCGGACUCUUUGCGUAACCCAGGAUUGUAGGGAGGUGAUUGGUGGCUGAGAUGAGGGAUUAGAAUGGUGUGGGGUGAGACUGAAGGCAGAGAGCGGGGAAGGAGAAGAAGGAGAAGGGGGCACAGAGGCAAUGCCAUAGGAACAGGCUGGCAAAACGCUGGCACGAGGAGUCGGUAAGGCUGUUUCAAGUGUGUGAAGGGAGAAAGCGUUUCAAGACCCAAGAGGUCAGGUGCCUAGUAUAAAUGGGGUGCUUGGAAAGAUAAAGCAAUAAAGUAACUAAAAGGGGUGGGGGGGGUGAGGAGUGUAUGGGCAAAGCAUGAAGCACAGGCAGGAUGGCCAUAUGGAGAUGUCAAGUAGGAAGUCAUCCAUUCAUUUAUUAUUUAUGCCAGCCUCAAAGGCGGCUUACAUAAAAGUCAUAGAAUAAAGUGAUGAAAUCAUUAAAACUCAGCCAACAGGACCCGAGAGCUGGGAAAAGUGGAUAAUUGUUACUUGAAAACGUCGGCUCAGAAAAGCCGUUGAAAAUGAACACAGGACUCAUCUGAGCCUGCUGGCAGCCAAGCGGAAACGACGCCUAAAUAAAGUAGUUCACCAGGCUGGAACUCGAGAGAAAGGCAUUCGUUGAAGGCUCAGGGGUAGUAGGAGAUGAAACGGAAUCCCUCGAGUAGGGGGUGUAGGGGAGGGAGUCGAUCUGAAGCCAGGUCAAGGCUUUGGCAAUGCUGACAUUUAAGGCAAGGCUGAUGCUCCCUGAGGAGAAAGGCCUUUCUGUGGCCUGCACGGGGAGAUGGGAGUGGGGAGGUGUGUGUGUGUGUGUGUGUGUGUGUGUGUGUGUGGUCCAUUCACAGAAGUCUUCUUACAGGGGAACAGGAAAGAAGGUGGCGUGCUAAGUCCCCCGGGCUCUGACCUUCUUUCCUACCAUGUGGUGGGUUUGCCACUUGCCCAGGGCCUCUUGGGGCCCUGGUCUGGGAAGAGUACUCCAGUCAGCAGAUGGACGAAUCCCCUUCCUGAUCCACUGGAGUUGGCCCCAUAAAGGGGAGCGUCCCCUUGGGCUCUCUAGGGCCUUUAUACGUCACCAUGGAAGCUCAGCAGGCAGUGGUCCUCCAUCCAGAAGGCAUGGACAGCUGUUCCAGGGCAUCUCUGCAUCUGAAGCUGUCCAGCGCUAUCGCCGGAAUCUGGCCGAGUGGUUCAGCCGACUGCCCAGAGAAGAGCGCCGGUUCGGCCCGACUUUUGCACUAGACACGGUCCAUGUAGACCCUGUGAUCCGCGAGAGCAGCCCAGAUGAGCUGUUUCGCCCAACGGCAGAGCUGGCCCUGGAGCAUCAGCCACCCCUAGCCGGUCUCCCCGCACUGGCUCUGUCCCAGCUCUUUGACCCAGAUGCCUGUGGGCGCCAGGUGCAGACAGUGGUGCUCUAUGGGACAGUGGGCACGGGGAAGAGCACACUCGUGCGCAAGAUGGUCUUGGACUGGUGUUACGGGCAGCUGCCAGCCUUCGAGCUGCUCAUCCCCUUCUCCUGCGAGGAUCUGUCAUCCCUGGGCCCCGCCCCCGCCUCCUUGUGCCAACUUGUGGCUCAGCGCUACACGCCCCUGAAGGAGAUUCUGCCCCUGCUGGCUGCUGCUGGGUCCCGCCUGCUCUUUGUGCUCCAUGGCUUGGAGCAUCUCAACCUCGACUUCCGGUUAGCCGGAACAGGGCUUUGCAGCGACCCCGAGGAGCCAGAGGCGCCAGCUGCCAUCAUUGUCAACCUGCUGCGCAAAUACAUGCUGCCCGAGGCCAGCAUUCUGGUGACCACCCGGCCCUCCGCCAUUGGCCGAAUCCCCAGCAAGUAUGUGGGCCGCUAUGGCCAGAUCUGUGGCUUCUCUGAUACCAGCCUGCAGAAGCUCUACUUCCAGCUCCGCCUCAACCAGCCAGACUGUGAGUACGGUGCUGGGGGUGCAGGGAUCUCGGCCACGCCAGCUCAGCGUGACAAUCUGGUGCAGAUGCUCUCCCGGAACCUGGAGGGGCACCACCAGAUCGCCGCCGCCUGCUUCCUGCCCUCCUAUUGCUGGCUUGUCUGUGCCACCUUGCACUUCCUGCACGCUCCCACGCCGGCUGGACAGACCCUCACGAGCAUUUACACCAGCUUCCUGCGUCUGAACUUCAGUGGGGAGAUGCUGGACAGCACUGACCCCUCCAAGCUGUCCCUAAUGGCCUAUGCAGCCCGAACCAUGGGCAAGUUGGCCUACGAGGGGGUGUCCUCCCGCAAGACCUACUUCUCCGAAGAGGAUGUCCGUGGCUGCCUGGAAGCUGGCAUGAAGACCGAAGGAGAGUUCCAGCUGCUACGUGUCUUCCGCCGGGACGCCCUGAGGUUUUUUCUGGCCCCGUGUGUGGAACCAGGGCGCCAGGGCACCUUUGUGUUCACCGUGCCGGCCAUGCAGGAAUACCUGGCCGCCCUCUACAUCGUGCUGGGUUUGCGGAAGACGACCCUGCAGCGGGUGGGCAAGGAAGUGGCCGAGCUCGUGGGCCGCGUCGGGGAGGACGUCAGUCUGGUCCUGGGCAUUGUGGCCAAGCUUCCACCCCUGCGAGCCCUGCCUCUGCUCUUCAACCUGCUCAAGGUGGUUCCAAGAGUGUUUGGGCGCGUGGUGGGUAAGAGCCGUGAGGCGGUGGCCCAGGCCAUGGUGCUGGAGAUGUUCCGAGAGGAGGACUACUACAACGACGAUGUCCUGGACCAGAUGGGUGCCAGUAUCCUGGGCGUGGAGGGCCCCCGGCGCCAUCCAGACGAGCCUCCCGAUGAUGAGGUCUUUGAGCUCUUCCCCAUGUUCAUGGGAGGGCUUCUGUCCGCGCACAACCGGGCCGUGCUGGCUCAGCUCGGCUGCCCCAUCAAGAACCUGGAUGCCCUGGAGAACGCCCAGGCCAUCAAGAAGAAGCUGGGCAAGCUGGGCCGGCAGGUGCUGCCCCCAUCAGAGCUCCUGGACCACCUGUUCUUCCACUAUGAGUUCCAGAAUCAGCGCUUCUCUGCUGAGGUGCUCAGCUCCCUGCGCCAGCUCAACCUGGCCGGUGUGCGCAUGACACCCCUCAAGUGCACAGUGGUGGCAGCUGUGCUGGGCAGCGGAAGGCACGCCCUGGAUGAGGUGAACUUGGCCUCCUGUCAGCUGGACCCUGCCGGGCUGCGCACACUCAGGCCUGUCUUCCUGCGUGCCCGGAAGCUGGGCUUGCAACUCAACAGCCUGGGCCCCGAGGCCUGCAGCGACCUCCGAGACCUGCUGCUGCACGACCAGUGCCAGAUCACCACGCUGCGGCUGUCCAACAACCCGCUGACGGCGGCCGGUGUGGCCCUGCUGCUGGAGGGGCUGGCCGGAAACACCUCACUGACGCACCUUUCCCUGCUGCAUACGGGCCUUGGGGACGAGGGCCUGGAGCUGCUGGCCACCCAGCUGGACCGUAAUCAACAGCUGCAGGAGCUGAACGUGGCCUACAAUGGUGCUGGUGACACAGCGGCCCUGGCCCUGGCCCAAGCUGCCCAGGACCACCCCUCCCUGGAGCUGCUGCACCUCUACUUCAAUGAGCUGAGCUCAGAGGGCCGCCAGGCCCUGCGGGAUGUGGGGAGCACUGCUAAAGGUGGUGCCCGGGUCGUGGUAUCGCUGACAGAGGGGACAGCAGUGUCUGAGUACUGGUCGGUGAUCCUUAGUGAAGUCCAGCGGAACCUCAACAGCUGGGAUCGCAGUCGUGUCCGGCGCCACCUUGAGCUGCUGCUUCGAGAUCUGGAAGACAGCCGAGGGGACACCCUUAACCCCUGGCGCAAGGCCCAGCUGCUGCGAGUGGAGGGUGAGGUCAGGGCCCUCCUGGAGCAGCUGGGAGGCCCUGGAAGCUGAAGCAGUGGCGGCAGUCACCGAGCUAUGUGACCCCUGGCCCCAAGACCCUUCCCUCUGUGGCCUCCUGGUUUGCACUACUACUUCCAGAAAGAUCCCUGUGGGGCUGGAGGUAAAGGAUAGGGCACAACUGUGCCAGUUGCUCUCCCGGGGCGUGUCCAACCAUUGCUCCCCCAAGUCUGGAAUUGCCAGGGUCAUGGAACGUGCCUCCUUCCAUUCAGCUAGGGCUGAGAAAGACUCUUCAUGUGGCAUCUUGGCAGCCAGUCGCCCUGUGGCACCACCAACCUUACCUCCAUCCUCUCGAGGAGCUUCCGAGUGUGCCACCAGGGGGCGCACUUCUCCCACCCGCCUCACCGGUGGUGUUGCCAAGCAGAUGCGUUGGAGGGCCUCCACCUUCUGCCUUUCUGCUCAUCAGAGGACACGGAGGAUGCCCGGAGCCACUUUCCUCUCUUGUUGGUGCCUUCUCCUCACCUUCACGCCCCCUUUCUCACAAUCGUACUUAUGCUCAGUGGCUCCGAGGGGCCUGUGCACUGCCCUGCUUCUAUUAAAAAGCUGUGUCUUCUACCUACUAUGGCCUCCUUCUUGCCUGAUGCUUUCAAGAAGGGGCGCUCUUUUCGGACCACUUUCUGUUGUAGGUGGUUCUUGGACGCUAGGUUCAGAGGCAGCAAGGGCUGGGGGUGGUCUAGGAACAAGAUACUGGGGUGGGAGGAGGUCAUGCUGGGCUAUAGGAUUUCUAUCACCUUUUCAAACAUACCUAUCCCAGGCUUGGCAUUAUCGUGACCAGCAACCUACCUUUGUCCGCCCAGAGCAGAAGCUGGGACCGCAGCAGUCUCCAGAGAAAGUUGGGGCCCAGGAAUGGGGGCAGGAGGAACACACAUACUUCCCCCUGGGGGAUAAGACUCCUCCCGUUAACCAUUACCUCACUGCUCCUAAGGCAGUGUCUUUAAGGAGGCGGGACGUGGCAGGUUAGGUGGGAGGGUCAGCUGUUUUUCAUGGACCUUGUCCCUACCCUGAGCACUGGGUCACUGAUCCAACUAUGGAAGCAGCUGCAGGUAGGAGACUGGGAGAAAUCCUCUGCUGGGGACUUGAGAGGGUAGUUGAGAGGGCAGAUUGGGAGGCCAAGGCUUUGGGACCAG